AUGGAUUUCGGAACGUCCUCGGCGCGUCUGUGCGUGAUCGAUCGCGACGGUGCCUUGGUGCGGAGUACCACGGCAUCGUAUGCGUCUAUGGAUGACAUCGCGGCGUCGUGGAAGCGAGCCAUGGGAGAGUUGUUGGAUUGUUUGAGCGAUUCGGAACGCGCUCGGGUGCAGGGCGUGAGCGUGGACGGAACGAGCGGGACGGUGGUGAUCGUGGAUGGAGAAACGGGCGAGGCUUUAAGGGAGCCGUACAUGUAUAAUGAGACGUUUCCUGAGGAGAGCGCUCGGGUGAGGGCGCAGAGAAAUGGAUCGGGGACGGAUUCCACGGAGAGCGCCUCGAGCGCCGCGUGCAAGGUUUCGAGAUGGUUUCACGUCGACGGCGACGAGAGGGAUCGAGCGCGGGCGGUGAUGUUGCAUCACGCCGAUUGGUUGGCUUUUGAUUUACACGGGAAGAUGGGUAUGAGUGAUUUCAACAAUGCGUUGAAGCUCGGGUUUGAUCCGGCGCCGGAUGUCGAAUCGUUCCCGCGUUGGCUCCUGGACGCGCCGUAUGGGAAAAUGCUCCCGAACGACGUGAGACCGCCGGGAACGUCAUUUGGGGUCGUUCAGGCGAGCGCUGUCGAACGGUUUGGUCUCUCACCCACGUGUGAAGUGAUCGCAGGAACGACGGACAGCGUCGCCGCGUUUAUCGCGUCGAGCGCCGACGCGGCGGGCGAGUGCGCGACAAGUCUCGGAAGCACGCUCGCCCUGAAGCUCAUCUCUGACGUGCGCGUGGAAGAUUUGAGCUCGGGAGUGUACUCACAUCGCCUCAACGGCCGGUGGCUCGUCGGUGGGGCGUCAAAUUUGGGCGGGUGGAUCUUACGACGAUUUUUCAAAGACGACGAGGUGGCAACGCUGAGCGAAAAAAUAGCGCGAGAGCGCUACGUCGCGACGAAGGAUUACUUCGAGGGCGUGAUGUUGGGAUUUGGAAUCAGUGUUGACGACGCGGUGGCGAUCGUGGAAGAUUCCAGACCCGCGGACGACGCCCAAUUCGUCGUGAACAUUCUUAGCUCAAUCGCAAACGUCGAGGCGAGAUGUUACGAGCGUAUGACGACGCUCGGGGCCUCGAACCGCGCGCACAAGGUAUUCACCGCGGGCGGAGGAGCAAAGAACGACGUUUGGAGCAACAUUCGAUCGACCGCCUUGGGAGGCGUUCCCGUCGUGCGGUCUGCGCGCGACGAAGCUGCGUAUGGCGCCGCGCUCCUCGCGAGACAGGGUCGACUGCGACUGAGCACGUACGUUCCGUGA